UGGCGGCCGUCGGAACAACGGUUUUUGACGUCAGCUAGCUAGCUCAACAAGUCAACAGUUAGUACACAGGACGUGGAAUUAAAGUCGUUUUUUUGGCCAACUGUUGAGCUUAAAUUUUUAUAUAAACUCAAAGUUAAUGCUUUUCUGCCAACAUAUAAGAAAAUAUUAAUUUCAAAGCAGCUUUUUGACGAUAUUAUGUUAAAAUGAAAGAGGCUAAUGACAGUUGGCUAAUGUUUGCUAACUUCCAUAGCCUCUAGCUUCUGCCUCUUGAUGCAGGACAGUCAGUGUAGCACUGCUCUUGGCCUUGCCCAUGGUGAACUUCACCACCCCGCUCAUAUCCACGCUGGUGUUCUUGAGGCCGCCUGCAGGAUCACCAGUUUAUGGGAGCAGUCGUCAGCCAGGAUCUCCAUCCGAUCUGAGGGGAACAGUUCCUCCACGCCCUUGUACCAGGUGGCGCUGCUGCGAGGCGUGGAAACAGUGCAUUCAAGGAUCACGCGGUGUUUCUCCAGGGCUGUUCGAUCUCGUAGGGGUUUUACAAUGGAGACAGGAAGCUCUGAGUGCGGAUCUUGAUGGUGCUCGUGGGCCGGAUCUUGUGGCCAUCUUUGUACCACUCCCCUGGAACGUCAUCGAGAGAAACCUCACACAUGAAGACGGCAUUCUGGUCCUCCUGGAUGAAAAGGUCCUCCAGUUCCUUCACAAUCUCCAACUUGUGCUCUGUGAGGUACCAGAGUCAGCCAGGGAGCACAGCAUGAUCUGACAGAACCGCUUUCGGCCCAUGGAGUAGAUCCUGCAGUUCUUCCCCGGCUUCAGCUCCGUCCCAUUCUGCUCACAAGAGAGACAGGUAUAGCUGCCAGCAUCUGAGGUCUCUGCAGAGCGAAUGAUCAACCUCCUCAUGGUUCCCUCCACCUGCAGGUCACACUCUUCUCUGUCUUACCAAACGACUUCAGCAUCGUCUGUGGAGACAUUACAGAGCAGCACCACGGGGUCCAGCUCCAUGCUGCUUUUAUGGAGCUCCUCCUCUGGGACUGGAGUAAACUUCACAGCAGGACCUGAACAAAACAGGAAGGAGAGAGGGACACAACAGCUGCAAUAUGAGAUGGACGGCUUUGGGGAACUCCACGUGUCCACUUCGUCCGUACUUGUUGAUGCAGCAGACACGGAACCGGUAGUCUCCUUCACACGGCACGCUGUCUCCUCCCACCUCAGCUGUGGUCGCCGUCUCUGAGGUAAAACACUUCUGCCACUCUUGGGAGCCCACUUCUUGUCUCUCCACUACAAAGAUGGACCGGGUGGAGGUCUGGCUGUUGGGCGCAGGAACCCAGGUAAGCAGAGCGCUGUUGGGUCGAUCCACGUCCAUAUUGAUUCCAACGGGGCAGAUAGGAGGGCAGUGUCUAGUGGCUGAAACACAGAAGGGUGAAGCACUUAGUGGUUACAAAUCUUCCCAAAACCACAUCAGAAACAAUCAUGCACAUCACCGUUCCCCCGUAUUCACCUUUGACUUUGAGACGUGCCGAGGUUUUGGACCUUCCUGCGACAAAGGUCACCACCCCCGUGUCUUGAUACGCCACGUUGACAAAAACCAGAAUGUGCGUUUUGCCGAACGACUUCAGGAUCGUCUGAUGAGUCUCGUGUAGCUUCAAACCGUCUUUGAACCAGUGGACCUCCAUUUCGUCGCUUUCCACCUCCACGCAGAAGACGGCGUUCUCUCCCUCCAGGACCUCCAGCUUCCGGGGAAGCUUUCUGAUGAUUUCACCUGCAUCUCACAGAGAUACACUCCAUCGUCGUCCGUCCCCACAUCAUGGAUGGUCAGUCUUCGUUUGGUGCCCUUCUGCUCCAUCCCGUACUUGCUGCUGGGCAUCAGCCGCUGGUCCUCCAGGUACCAGGCUGAGGGGAUCGACUCGUCGGGGACCUCACACUCCAGCACGGCGACGUCCCUCUCUCUCACCUCCACGUCUUUCAACGGACGCCUGAACCGCACCGCAGGGCCUGAGGAACAAGAGAGGGAAAGAAGAGUACAAACUGGCGGCGACGUCAGAUGGCGGGGAAAAGAAGAACAAGAAAGGCAAAUCGGAAAAGGAUAUGGAAGACUUGAAGAAAGAAGUUGACCUGGAUGAUCACAAGCUGACCCUGGACGAACUUCACAGAAAGUAUGGAACUGACCUGUCCCGGGGUCUUUCAAACUCCAGAGCAAAAGAGAUCCUGGCCCGGGAUGGCCCAAACGCCCUCACGCCUCCUCCCACCACACCUGAAUGGGUCAAGUUCUGUAGGCAGCUGUUUGGCGGUUUCUCCAUGCUGCUGUGGAUCGGUGCGAUCCUCUGCUUCCUCGCUUACGGUAUCCAGGCUGCCUCUGAAGAUGAACCAGCAAAUGAUAACUUGUACCUCGGUGUCGUGCUCUCUGCUGUCGUCAUCAUCACUGGUUGCUUCUCCUACUACCAAGAGGCCAAGAGCUCCAAGAUCAUGGAUUCCUUCAAGAACCUGGUCCCACAGCAAGCCCUCGUCGUCCGUGACGGUGAGAAGAAGAGCAUCAACGCCGAGGAGGUGGUGGUUGGAGAUCUGGUGGAGGUGAAAGGUGGAGACAGGAUCCCUGCUGAUUUGAGGGUCGUCUCUGCUCACGGCUGCAAGGUGGACAACUCUUCUCUUACUGGUGAAUCCGAGCCCCAGAGUCGUACUCCUGACUUCUCCAACGACAACCCUCUGGAGACCAGGAACAUCGCUUUCUUCUCCACCAACUGUGUUGAAGGUACCGCCAGAGGAGUCGUCAUCAACACCGGAGACCGCACCGUCAUGGGUCGUAUCGCCACCCUUGCGUCCAGUCUGGAUGGCGGCAAGACUCCCAUCGCUAAGGAGAUCGAGCAUUUCAUUCACAUCAUCACUGGCGUGGCCGUCUUCCUCGGUGUGUCGUUCUUCGUCCUCUCACUCAUCCUCGGGUAUGGGUGGCUGGAGGCUGUCAUCUUCCUCAUCGGUAUCAUCGUCGCCAACGUGCCAGAAGGUCUCCUCGCUACCGUCACUGUGUGUCUGACUCUGACCGCCAAGCGCAUGGCCAAGAAGAACUGCCUGGUGAAGAACUUGGAAGCCGUGGAGACCCUGGGAUCCACCUCCACCAUCUGCUCCGACAAGACCGGCACCCUGACCCAGAACAGGAUGACCGUUGCCCACAUGUGGUUUGACAACCAGAUCCACGAGGCAGACACAACUGAGAACCAGAGCGGGACCUCCUUCGACAGGAGCUCUGCCACCUGGUCUUCCCUGGCUAGGGUUGCUGGACUCUGCAACCGCGCCGUCUUCCUGGCAGAACAAGGAAACGUCCCCAUCCUGAAGAGAGAUGUAGCUGGAGACGCCUCAGAAGCUGCCUUGCUGAAGUGCAUUGAGCUGUGCUGCGGACCCGUCGGUGGCAUGAGAGACAAAUACCCCAAGGUCGCUGAGAUCCCCUUCAACUCCACCAACAAAUAUCAGCUCUCCAUCCACAAGAACGCGACUCCCGGUGAGACCAAGCACCUGCUGGUGAUGAAGGGAGCCCCAGAGAGAAUUUUGGACCGCUGCUCCACCAUCAUGAUUCAGGGCAAAGAGCAGCCUCUGGACGAAGAAAUGAAAGAUGCUUUCCAGAACGCUUACGUUGAGCUUGGAGGACUUGGAGAGAGAGUGCUGGGUUUCUGCCACUUCAACCUGCCUGAUGACCAGUUCACAGACGGCUUUUCUUUUGACACUGAGGAGGUGAACUUCCCCACUGAGAAACUGUGCUUCAUCGGCCUCAUGUCCAUGAUUGACCCUCCUCGUGCUGCUGUGCCUGAUGCUGUCGGAAAAUGCAGGAGCGCUGGAAUCAAGGUCAUCAUGGUGACAGGUGAUCAUCCCAUCACAGCCAAGGCUAUCGCUAAGGGUGUGGGUAUCAUCUCUGAAGGCAACGAGACAGUUGAAGACAUCGCCGCUCGCUUGAAUGUGCCAGUGUCAGAGGUCAACCCCAGGGAUGCCAAAGCCUGUGUCGUACAUGGUGGCGAGCUGAAAGAAUUGGCUGCAGAGCAGCUCGACGACAUCCUGAAGUACCACACUGAGAUCGUCUUCGCCAGAACCUCCCCUCAGCAGAAACUGAUCAUUGUUGAAGGCUGUCAGAGACAGGGAGCUAUCGUGGCUGUAACAGGUGACGGUGUGAACGACUCUCCUGCUCUGAAGAAGGCUGACAUCGGUGUUGCAAUGGGUAUCGCUGGGUCUGACGUCUCCAAGCAGGCGGCUGACAUGAUCCUGCUGGACGACAACUUCGCCUCCAUCGUCACCGGAGUGGAAGAAGGCCGUCUGAUCUUUGACAACUUGAAGAAAUCCAUCGCCUACACUCUGACCAGUAACAUCCCUGAGAUCUCACCCUUCCUCCUCUUCAUCAUCGCCAACAUCCCACUGCCGCUGGGAACCGUCACCAUCCUGUGUAUUGACCUGGGAACUGACAUGGUCCCCGCCAUCUCCCUGGCUUACGAAGAAGCUGAGAGCGACAUCAUGAAGAGACAGCCCAGAAACCCCAAAACAGAUAAACUGGUGAACGAGAGGCUCAUCAGCAUAGCCUACGGACAGAUCGGUAUGAUACAGGCCACAGCUGGGUUCUUCACAUACUUUGUGAUCCUGGCUGAGAACGGUUUCCUACCCAUGGACCUGCUCGGUAUCAGAGUGCUGUGGGACAACAAAUACGUUAAUGACCUGGAGGACAGUUAUGGACAGGAAUGGACAUACGAGCGCAGAAAGAUCGUGGAGUUCACCUGCCACACAUCAUUCUUCGCCAGUAUCGUGAUCGUCCAGUGGGCCGAUCUGAUCAUCUGUAAGACCAGGAGGAACUCCAUCCUGCAGCAGGGAAUGAAGAAUCGUAUCCUCAUCUUCGGACUGUUUGAGGAGACCGCUCUCGCUGCCUUCCUUUCAUACUGCCCGGGCAUGGACGUCGCCCUCAGAAUGUACCCACUCAAGCCUUGUUGGUGGUUCUGUGCCUUCCCCUACUCCCUCCUCAUCUUCCUGUAUGAUGAAGCCAGAAGAUAUAUCCUCCGACGCAACCCGGGCGGUUGGGUGGAGCAGGAGACAUACUACUGAGUCAACACAAUCACGGAGGGAGCAGUCAGUGUUUCAUCGUUAUUUACUGCCAUGUUACAUAUUUGUCUGAAAUGUUAGCCAGACCUGAAAAAACACAUAAAAACAUGGAUAAAUUAAGACAAUCUUGAUGUAUAUGUCCUUCACAAUAAAAUAUUUCCUUACCAUUGUA